CGUUGGCGUGCUGUUAUGGGAGAUAUCAAGUGGUAGACCACCUUUUUAUGUUAAAGGUAAAGAAUAUGGCGUUAGUUUAGCUAUAAACAUUUUACAAGGACUCAGAGAAAGUGUCAUUCCCGGUACUCCUGAAUAUUAUGUAAACAUUUAUACAG